GCUUUGUGUCAGUAUCAUCAUUCAUCUCUCCUCCCCGUGUCUCCUGUUUCAGGAAAGAAGCAUCAAAAUCUAAUGGCAAGGCUUUUUAAUCGAGGUCCGGCAGUGGGUGAUUUUUUCCAGUCAACAAGCCACACCCCAAACAGUAAAGCUAGAUCCACAUCAACAUCCAGCAGUGUAGAGAGUGACAGUGCAGUGGAAAGCGCCAGUGUGGUAGAAGCAAGGGUUGCCCCUCUACCAUCCACAGAGACAUUUAAUCCACAUCCGACUACCACAAAGACAGCAAGCACUAUAACGUCAUUUGUUACAUCAAAUCCAACUCUAAAAGCAGAAAUGUGCUGGGCAACAAAAGUUGUAACGAGCCACUAUUCCUACAAAUCAUGUGAGAAUGUCGGGGACAUAUUCAGAAGCAUGUUUCCUGACAGUGACAUAGCAAAACAGUUUACAGGUGGGGGGAAAAAAAGUGGCAUACCUCACUGCAUUUGGGAUUGCGCCUCACUUCUCCUCCUUAAUGAAAGCUAAAGCCAAGAAAGUAUCUGCAUAUGUACUUCUAUUUGAUGAAAGUCUGAAUAGGGAAAUGAAGAAAUGCCAGCUUGACAUUCACGUGAGAUUCUGGAAUGAUAACCAAGUAAAAUCGUGGUACCUGACAUCAUUUUUCAUGGGUUAUCACACUGCAGACCAAAUGUAUGAGAAGAUUGAAAAAGUGCGUUCUGAUAUGGGCUUCCAGAAUCUGAUUCAGCUGUCAAUGGAUGGUCCAAAUGUGAAUUGGAAGAUCUUCUCACUAGCCCAGCAUAACAUUGAAGAACAAACAGGCAAAAAAAUGUUAAAUGUUGGAAGUUGUGGUUUGCAUAUCCUACACAAUGCCUUCAGAGCAGGGUGUGCAUCCACAGACUGGGAUGUGGAGGUGGCUGAGCAUGCCCUUCAGAUUUUGCCCUUUCUGAAAAUGUAUAUUAGUGCUGCCAAAACAAAAACUGUAACAGAGCCAAUUACGAAGUCUUUCAAAAUGGCUCAGAUGAUUCUGAAAGAUGAACUCUUCCCAGCAAAGCUCAACUUCUUUAUAAUGGUAGCUAGGGAAAUCACGCCAUUUUUAGUGUUAUACCAGACUGACAAACCCAUGCUGCCAUUUAUGUGCAGUGAUCUCACAAAUAUCCUGAGGAGUUUAACGGAGAAGUUUAUCAACCCCAGUGUUAUGAAGAAUGCAGCUACCCCGGUAAAGCUUCUUCAAGUUGACUAUGCUAAUCCGGUCAACCACAUGGAUGUCACCAAACUGAGAUUUAGAUUUGUCACAAAGCGAGCCCUAGAAGAACACAUAAAGAACAACCCAGGAGCUGAGAAGCUGAGGUUUGAGUUCAGGCAGAACUGUAAGGUGUUUUUGUUGAAGAUGGUCACCAAGCUCUUUGAACGAGCACCCCUUAAAUAUCCUCUUGUAAGAAGCCUGUCGGUUUGGGAUCCAAGGGUGUUCCACAAGAGCAAAGAGUUAAGUGUCCGAAAACUCACCACAAUUCUACGAAUCCUUGUGGAAGCUGGCCGCAUUGAAGAAAAAUGUGAUAAAAUUCUGAGGGAGUUUGGCCAUUUUUAUGACCACAGCAUGAUUUCGACAUCAGAUUCUUUCAGGAACUUCAACCCACGAAGUGGAAGGUUGGAUGAAUUUUACGAUGAACAGACCAGACUUUCACCACCUGUGGAAGGUAGUAAAACUUGUCUUGGUUCUCUCACAUGGUCAAGCCUCUAUUGAGAGAGGUUUUUCCGUUAACAAGGAGUUGAUGGUUGAGAACCUUAAAAAGCAUUUACUGAUUGCUCAGCGGGUCAUUAUUGACCAUGUAAACCAUGUUGGAGGUUUGCACAAUGUAGCCUACACAAAGGAGCUACUGCUCUCUGCAGCUGCAGCCAGGCAGAAGUAUCACAUGUAUCUUGAGGACCAAAGAUGUCUAAAGCAACAUAAACAGAAAGCACAAAAGAGGAAUGGACUCAUGGAGGAGAUAACAGAGAUAAAAGCCAAAAAGAAAAGAAUGGAGGAGGAUAUGCAGGUUCUCCUAAAGUCUGCUGAUCUGAAUGCAGAAAAAGCUGCAUUCAGAUCAGCAGUGGGGUUAUCCACUACAUAUAUGCUUAUAAUGCAGUUUCCCCCCCUACCUGAGUUCCACAAUGUACUUUUGCACUAUUUUGAAUUGUUUUUGCAUUAACUCUUUGUAUGAUUUCCACAAUACUUUAAUACAAGUCCUACCUGAAAGACAAAUUCUAUUAUUUCUCAUUUUUACUGUGAAGUUGUUUGUCAA